AUGCCCGACCCAAAUCAGACAGAUAAGCCGCCAGCACUCCAUCAACGCGAAGGCGAGCCCACUGAGAAAUCAGAUCUCACACCCAUCCGUGCUCACUAUCUCAAGAAGGCCCUCGUCCAGCUCCAGUUUGCCCGUGAGCUUGAUCUAAUCUCAACAGAGGGUCCUCCCAAUGUCUCGACUCUGUCAUAUCUUGGGCCUCCAUUUACCUCCCCACCAAAGGAUGCUCCUCCACUAGACCUUCCUUUUCUACGCUAUAUCUUUCGUCAAUUCGUGCUGACGUUUCCGUUUAUGGCUGCGGCUCCUAAAGAUUUCUACUCGUUGAAGCUUCAACCUUUCGUUGGUGCUGUUCUUGCUAGAAACAUCACUCAGGGCUCCGUUCUUGAUGACGCCGAGUCAGAGCAAGCAUCCCGAAAAAGGCUGUUGGCUAAGGUGGAACGAAACCUCUCGCUUUUCGUUAAUGCUGCCACCAAGCUGGUAGAACCGGAGGAAGUCGUCAGGUUGUCACAAGCCGAUCUCGAUAGAUUAGAGGUUUUGUCCAGAAAGCGGCAGCGUCGAUUGGCGAAAGACAGAGAUUCAUUUGAGGUCAAUAUCGUCAGUGUACGUACCGUGGUUGACAAAGGACGCAUGCGCAGUCGUGCUCACGAGGAAUUUAUUAUCAGAACGAAGCGGUCUCGCUAUCCAGAUGUAUACGUCUCCAGGCGCUAUGGGGACUUCCGCACUCUUGCUGCUGAACUUGCUAAGAUGCACCCUCAAGAAGAGAUACGCCUCCCCCCGGCAAAGGAUAAAACAUAUAGUUCAGCGCCUCCAAUGACACCGACUACUUCCCAACCUCCUCCAUCACGCCAAGCUACGUCUUCGACAUUCAAUGAUUAUAAUCUAAACAGUCCUACUGGUUUAUCUUCGGAGAAUUUUCCUGCACCUUCACGGCUCACCAGAGAGAAAAAUCGCUUGACUCUUCGCUCAUACCUCAAUUCCCUUUUGAGCUCGUCAACCAUAGCUUCUUCACCUGUUCUACGGUCUUUCCUUCUUUCCGGGCCAACGACAUUGUCUCCUGAAGAGCUAGAAGAUGCAAGGCGUAGGGAGGAGGCAGACAGAGUAAGGGAGGAGGGUAGGAAAAAGUUUGCUAAAGAGAUUGCUGGGCGUGUUGAUGGCCUUAGGGAGGCCGUUAAAAGCGUUAAAGGAGAUAUAAUGGGCAAAGAUGGCUUAACACGCAUUUUUGCAACCAUCAAGGUUACUCCUGACAUUCGAGAUUUGCCCUCAAACUAUCAUGCUGUUGUAGAAUGGGCCAGAAUAUCUCUAGCGUCCACUGUCUUUCAAAUGUUCGUCGCCUCCGAUGAUGCAUCAGAGACAUUUUCAGGUCUGAAAAGAAUUCAUGGGUUAAUGCCUUACUUUAUGAUGAAGACAGCUCUCAAAAUAACAAACCCAGUAGCUAUGAUACGCAGCAUGUUGGAUCUUUUCCUUGCGCAGCCAUUCGGGGGGCGCAGCCUUUUGCAACGAAUGUUCACCAGUUCGUUGACGGAAGAAGUCAAAGUUUUGGAAGAGGAAAUCGAAGCUGUCAAAGAAAAGGUGGACGAUCCAAUCAUGUGCGAGAAAGUUCGACAAUUUGUAUACGCCCCCCGGGAAAUCCAGUCUAUGUUUAAGGAUGAUGCAGCUUCUGAGCAGAUGCAUGUACUCACCAUUGUUUUGAGAUCGGCUGAGAAUCCCGUUUUAUCUCGUGCACAGAUGCAUCGACUUGCUCGGGCCCAUAAAGCCCAUAUUAUCUAUACAAAGUAUAGAGAAUCCCUGGCCGAUUCAGAUGAUGAUGAUGGACCUCAGGACGAUGAUGCAUGGCUUCUAGAAGACCUCAAGGUUCUCGCUAAUUUGUAUUCCAAGCUCAAAGAUCGCGAGCAGCUAAUUGAAUUAAUUUUUGAGACUGUGGAACAGGUUGAUGGACUUAGUCAGGAUGAUCCUCACCUGACUGUACAGGCCUUCGUCAACCUGAUCAUACGACAUGAACAAUCUUUCUACCACUUUGUUCACAAGGUCCAUGCCAAAGGCGAAGGAUUAUUCGACAACCUUAUGCGUUGGGUAGAAUUGUUCUUGACAGCCGUCCGGGAUGGUCUCGGUGAACCCAUCAGUUUGGAGUAUCUUCUGCCACACAAAGGUCAAGAGCGUGCAGAUAUAUUUGCCGAGGUCGAUAAAAUCGCACAAUACCAUUACAAGUUGAAAGUACUAUACGAAGAUAAGCUUCGUCGACGAUUUGGAAGGGCGCAAUCCAACGAAGCAGAUGCUGAAGAUGAGGCAACUCAAGCUAUGGUGAAUGGUGUAAUUGGCGAAAUUAGUUUUGGAGAACUAGUUCAAGGGGACGCCGUUGACCUGGCGGCCGAGGAGACAGACGAAGCAGACACAACCAGCGAAGAAGAGUACUCAUCCAGUGAAUAUGAGACCGGAAGCGAAUCAGACAAUGGGUCGGAUGAAUUUAGAACGGACAAGAUAAAAUCCAAGCAUCCACCGUCAUUGCCUACCUCACCACUUUCACCCUCGUAUUCUAGCAGUGCAACUUCACAAUCUCUGGCUCAUUCGCACGAUAGACAGCCUCGCAAUCACAUUCAAACAUCGCCACGGAAGCAUGCACAGCAUGCUUCCACUACAGGUUCCUCGAGUAACAUAAGCUAUCCUCCAGAGCCGAAGCGAAAGCGAUCCCUGUCUUUACAUAGAGCCAAAUCUUUGACCUUUUCAUUGGGUAAACGCAACCAGGACGUUCCUCCUGUCCCUUUAAUACCGGCAAUCCCCCCUGUAUCUCCUGUUUCAACCAACCCAAAAAUCAUCCCACCACCGCCGUCUAGACCUCUUCCGCCCAGUCCAUACAGCGACGAUUCACCCCCUCCUGUUCCCUCAAAGGAUUCUCCUUCUGAACAAUAUCGGGCCAUGAAUUCAACAACGCCCAAUGCUUCUCCACACAAUGUUUCUCUCAAAGCCAAACGCAAAAAGGUAUCUCAAGGGUUAAAACCGCCAGAACUCCAGCAUAUUCCUCAGUUGCUCCCUGUCUUUACCGAAAUGAUGAAACCUCUUCUUCUAAGGAAAUCACAAGUGGAGUAG